CAGGAGGAUGCUGAGCUGCAUUCCCAUCAUUUUGUGAGGAAGAUUUCUGCGCGCACUACAACAACCGACGAGACGCAGAGCCACUGGAAAAACAGGAUAAUCCAAGUUGAGGCUUUUUAUCCAGCGCCAUGUCAUCUGGAGGAGAUCUGGGGAACCCCCUCAGGAAAUUUAAACUCGUUUUUCUGGGAGAGCAAAGCGUGGGGAAAACAUCGCUCAUCACCAGAUUCAUGUAUGACAGUUUUGACAACACAUAUCAGGCGACCAUUGGAAUAGACUUCCUAUCAAAGACGAUGUACCUGGAAGACCGAACCGUAAGGCUGCAGCUGUGGGAUACUGCGGGACAGGAACGCUUCCGGAGUCUCAUUCCCAGUUACAUUCGCGACUCGACGGUGGCUGUGGUGGUCUACGACAUCACGAAUGUAAACUCGUUCCAGCAGACUACCAAGUGGAUCGAUGAUGUCAGGACAGAGAGAGGAAGUGAUGUCAUUAUUAUGCUCGUAGGAAACAAGACCGAUCUGGAGGAAAAGAGGCAAAUCACGAUUGAAGAAGGCGAGCAGAGAGCCAAAGAACUGAAUGUUAUGUUCAUUGAGACCAGUGCCAAGACCGGCUGCAAUGUCAAACAGCUGUUUCGUCGCGUCGCUGCAGCUCUACCGGGCAUGGAAAGCUUGGACGAUGCAAACCCUGAAGGCAUGAUUGACAUAAAGCUGGACAAACCGGCAGAGCCCGCCGUGCCCGAGGGCGGCUGCUCGUGUUAAUGGCGAGCUGUGAGUGGACAGUUCUCUUCGCACCAUAGGCUUGUUGUGUUGCUUACUACUGGUUAGCUUCCAGUUGACUUCUCUGAUUGGAUAUAGGAACUUGGCCUUGUAUCUGAUUGGACAAAUCAAAUGUUACCUUUCAGUCUUGUUCAGUUGUAAGAUAUUGUAUACUUUGUCAAUAUGUAAGUGACUGGAAGUAAGAAAGAUACCGAAAUGCAAAAUUGAUCAAAAAGGGAAAAACUGAAAUGACUAACUCUUCUUUUCUUUUUGAACUGUUAUGUUUUGUAUUUUUUUAUAUUAAAAAGGGAAAGCACCAAAAAUGAUGCCUAAACAUAGAGGAGUAAUACAGUAGUGGUCAGCCAUUUUUGUGGAGGUGGCCAAACACGUCUGAAUGUCUACAGCACGCAUGCACGCUGAUCUGACCUUUGACCCUCUGUGGGCGGGGGGGGGGGGGGGGGGGGGGGUGGCUGUCUUAGAAUGUUUUAUAGCAUCUCUCUAUAGCAUCUCAUGACAAACGUAUCUCAUUUGAUAUUACCACAAAAAUCUGUAGGUUCACCAACCGUAGCUGUGAAAACGUGGCACUCUUAUCGCUCUAUGGGUUUAACUUUUAUAGAACAAGCUGUACUGUGGUUGAAAAAUAAGUAACAAAAAAAAAGACAACUUACUCAACAACACUGUUCCUCCUUCUGACCGCUCCUCCUCUCUACCUUCUUAACCCCUCUCCCAUCCCUCCAUCCUGGAAAUACACAUAUAACGAUCCACUGUAAUGCACUGCACUGUAUAUAAAAUGUAAUAUGUAUGUUGUGAACUGUAGAAGUGGUCCUUGUUCACCAGUAUGAAUAAUGUAAUAAUGUUUAAUGAUUAAUAAAUUACAAAUGAAAGGGC